UUCACUUCUCCUUUUCUUCUCCAGCACCUUUUCUUUGGCUCCUUCAACUCUCUAAAUACCCCAGAAUAUUGAUAUUGCAAGUAUAAAUAAAAGAUAAAAGAAUAUAAAAGUUCUUUUCUUUUUUGCCCUUUUAGUGAAGUAAAAAAAUUAAGUCUUUUUUGAAUCCUUAAUGACCACUUGAGCUGUCCACCAUUUAUUUCUUUUAAUGAUGUUAAAUGGUCCUUGCUUGGAACAACUAUAACGAGAGGGAAAUAGAAGACUUAACUACAGUUGACAAAAUUAGAGAGAGGGAGAAGGAUGAGGGGGAGGGACUGAGCGGUAACUGGUGGGGAAACCAAAGGUCCAAAACUACAUGAGGUUGGGAAGUUGAUGAAGGGAGAUAAAGAUUAAAGAAAGCUCCAGAGAAGAAGUUGGAAAUAAAGCAUAAUCAAAGUCUAAAGUUACUAUUUUUGGGUAAUAAUUUCCACAAAUGGAAGUUUGGAUCCACUUGCAGUUGACCAGAUCUGACUAACCCAUAUCCCUUUCAUUACCGUUUCUGCUCACCAACAAGUUGCGACACCUGAACUCGUAUCCUUCUUUUUUGGACACCUUUUAGUUGAUCAAGGCAUGGGAAAUGGCCUCUUAAAACCCACCAUUCACAUUCCGUUGUUAUUCUUUAUUUCAUCAGAAGGUCAUAGUUUCGUUGAAAAAUGACAGGUUGUGUGAUGUUUGAAGGGUUGGAGGGUAACUUUUUGUACUGCCAAUAUAGGGAUUUUGAUGGAGGAGAUGUCUUUGACGGUCGCAGUGCCAUUUAGAUUAGGUAACUCAGUGUGUGAAAACUCUACCUUUGCUACCUGUAUGGACAUCACAAGACUUAAGCUUACGGCAAGUCCUGCUCCUGUUUUAACUGAUUCUGAAACCAAGGCUACUAACCAUUUAGAUACUGCUGAAGAUGUGGAUUGUAACUAUGCUGGUAUGGAGACUAAAGAAAGUAGUGUAGAGCUGCCACUGACAGGAGAAGUCAAGGGAGAAAGAGCUACUACCUCCAUGGAUAUGAUUUCUGAUAGUAAAGAUGGUUGGAUUUCUAGUAAUGAUGUUAUGGACCGAGACAGCGGGGAGGAGGAUUCUUUCUCACUGGAAGGUGAUCGGGUUUUUGAUCUUGAUAGCUCUUGUUCAUUAUCGGUUGCCAGUGAAACUAGUAGCCUUUGCGGGGAGGAUUUUUUGGGUUUUGAUGCUACUUCUGAGGUAGGAACACCAAGUACCAUGGACAAUGAGAAAAGCAUUUGCAGUGUUGAUAUUAUUGCAAAAGCCACCAAGUUUGUGGAGUCAAAUGUUGAAACAGUGUUUGCAAGUGAUCCCCUUGCUGUGGCAGUAAACCUUGAGGAAGAGAUUGGAGAUGGGUCUGAACAGAAGCCAUCUGCAGUGGUUCUUCAAUUGGCUCUCGAAAAGGAACCGAGUACAACAGCUCAGGUUGGGCGCAGUGUGUUUGAGGUUGAAUAUGUGCCUCUUUGGGGAUCUACCUCUAUAUGCGGAAGGAGACCUGAGAUGGAGGAUGCCUUUGCUACUGUGCCUCGAUUUUUAAAGGUUCCAAUUCAGUUGUUAAUUGGUGAUCGGGUAGUUGAUGGCCUUAGCAAGGACUUUGUUGAUCAGACCGCUCAUUUCUUUGGUGUCUAUGAUGGUCAUGGAGGUUCACAGGUUGCAAACUACUGUCGCGGGCGUAUUCACUCUGCCUUGGCUGAGGAAAUAGAGUCCAUUAAGGAAUGCCAGAGUAAUGCAAACAUUACAGAUGGUUGCCAAGAGCUAUGGAAAAAGGCAUUCACAAAUUGUUUUGUUAAAGUUGAUGCUGAGAUUGUGGGAAAAGCUGAUCAGGAACCUGUUGCUCCUGAAACAGUUGGUUCCACUGCUGUUGUUGCCCUCAUUUGUUCUUCUCAUAUUAUUGUAGCAAACUGUGGAGAUUCAAGAGCUGUUCUAUGUCGUGGGAAACAGCCCAUGGCUUUGUCUGUGGACCAUAAACCAAAUCGAGAAGAUGAAUAUGAAAGGAUUGAAGCCGCUGGAGGCAAGGUUAUCCAAUGGAAUGGUCAUAGAGUUUUCGGUGUUCUUGCAAUGUCAAGGUCCAUUGGUGAUAGAUAUUUGAAGCCAUGGAUCAUUCCAGAUCCAGAAGUAGUGUUUGUUCCUAGAGCAAAAGAAGAUGAAUGCCUCAUUUUGGCCAGUGAUGGUCUAUGGGAUGUAAUGUCAAAUGAAGAAGCAUGUGACCUAGCUCGGAGACGAAUACUUCAAUGGCACAAAAAGAACGGUGCUACACUGACUCCAGAAAGGGGCGAGACGAUCGAUCCAGCUUCUCAAUCUGCAGCAGAAUACCUUUCGAACCGAGCUCUUCAAAAAGGAAGCAAGGACAACAUCACAGUAAUUGUGGUGGAUCUCAAAGCUCAAAGGAAGUUCAAGAGUAAGACCUGAUGAUCUCUCAACCAUCGUUUGGUCUUCAAUCUUGUUAUAUGGCAUAUUCUUAUAUGCUUCAAUAUAGUUUUUCCCAUUUGUUUCUCAAGGGAGAGGAGGCUUUUGUAUCACAGUAUCAGUCUCUUAUGUAGUAUAGAACAUGCACCAUUCUAGCACCUCUCCAUUGUUUCAAGAGUCUUGAUGCAAACCAUGCGAGGUUCUGGCUAUUGUAUUGUAAAUCUUAGCUGUGCCGUAGGAAAAUAGGAGAUUAUGUCAAUUCCAUGCCUACUGACAUUGUGGGAAAUUUGUAUUCAUUGAGAGCCUCCGAGUUAAAAAGAAAUCACUCAGAGAGGUAUUUGUUUGUAUUAUUUCAACCUAUGGUGCUUAUAAAAAGUUUGUCAAAUUUGGAAGA